GAAGUUUAGACGGUUGCUCUGGGUGAACUGUGACAGCAUCGCAUCAAACAAGAAAACAUUCUCUCCCCCUAAAUCAACCCAGUGUCCCCCUUUCCCUCACCCAUGGCGUCCAAUUCUGAUAUCGACAUCGAGGGUGCGACCCAGCAUCUCCGGGACAUCCUCAAGCUCGACCGUCCCGGGAACAGCGCCGACACGCAGUCGAGCGAUGGUCAGAGGAAGCCGUCUUUUAACGGAGAGCUGAACGGGUUACUGGGAGUGUUGGGAAGCACCGACCGGUCGACCAUGUCAGAAUCCACCAGACCGCUCUCCACGGACCUGAGCACCGCCCAGGAGACUCAGAUAAUCCGCCUCACCGGAGACGACGGCUCCACCUGCAUCCCCAUCACCUCCAACAGCGUGGAGAUCGUGGCCAGUCAAGACUCCAGCAUCAACAGCAAGGCUCGAGGCAGCAGCAAGGUGAAGAUUCAGCCUGUUGCCAAGUACGACUGGGAACACAAGUAUUACUACGGCAGACUGAUCGCGGUGUCCAACUCCUUCCUGGCCUACGCCAUCAGAGGAGCGAACAACCACGCCAUGAUCCGGGUGCUGAGCGUGGAUUUUGCCGAGCGCUCCCUGCUGAAGGGCUUCACCGGCGCCGUCACAGAUCUGGCCUUCGCCCACCUCGACUCCUCCCUGCUGGGUUGCGUGGAUGAAGCGGGAAACCUGAUGGUCUGGCAGCUCACCUGCACCGGCAGCAAGAUACUAGAUCAGAUUGUGGUUCACGUCCGGCGGCCAGAAGACACUCCACUGAACUCGCACCAUCGCCUCAUCUGGUGCCCGUUCAUCCAGGACGACAACGAAGAGAACCAGGAUGACACCAGCCAGACUCUGGCCCUCCUGCACGAAGACAGGGCUGAAGUUUGGGACCUGGAGCUGUUGAGAGCCAACAACAGCAGUUGGCCUGUUGAUGCCACAGAAGUGAAAGAAGGCCUCAUCACCAUCAAGGGACACACCCAGGUAGGACUCAGGAGAGAGCGAGUCAGCGAAGGUGCGCUGUCUCCUGAUGGCACAGUGUUAGCCACAGCCAGCCAUGACGGAUACAUCAAGUUCUGGCAGAUAUACAUAGAGGGAGGACAAGACAAGCCGAGAUGUCUUCACGAGUUGCGGCCUCACGGAGGACGUCCGCUGUCCUGCCUCCUUUUCUGCGACAACCACAAGCGGCAGGACCCCGAGGUUCCUUUCUGGCGGUUCCUGAUAACUGGAGCUGAUCAGAACCAGGAGCUGAAGAUGUGGUGCACCGUUUCCUGGACCUGUUUACAGACCAUCAGGUUUUCUCCAGAUCCAUUCAACUCCUCGGCUCUGCCAAGUCUCAAGGCCAGUCUGGACCUUUCUGCUGAGUAUCUGAUCCUCACUGACGUACAGAGGAAGGUUCUGUAUGUGAUGGAGCUGCGGCAGGACCUGGAGAAAGGAAAGGCGAGCUUCACGGCCGUGUCGGAGUUCCUGCUGACCCACCCGGUGCUCAGCUUCGGUGUCCGAGACGUCUCCCACAGCCGACUGCGACACACGGAGGUCCUUCCCGCUGAGGAGGAGAGCGAAAGCAUGACUACAGAGGGAACUCAAGGACCCACAGAGUCCAAGUCUGGGAUCCAGAUUAAACUCUACUGUGUCCACACUAAGAGUUUGCAGGACGUUCAGAUCUGGUUUCAGCCCAACACGACUUCAAGCUCUGCAGGCUUCCUUCCUCAUUCUGACUCACAAGAUGGCUUUGCAGGGUUUUCCGACCAUCUCACUGACCAGAGCUCCGACAAGGAGUCGGGAAGCGGCUCCCAGACCGACCUGAGGAAGAUCCCAUCGCUUCCUGCUCCCUCCGACUUCCUGUCGAACUCCGGAGCCGGCAGCGCAACGAUGCCCAAACUGAUGACCCCCGACGCGUUCAUGACACCGAGCACUUCGGUUCCAGCGUCUCCAGGCAGCAGCGCCAGCAGCCUGACCAUCGUGACGGCGAUCAGCAGCAACUCUGACUCGACUAACAGAGCCAUGGACGAUGUCAGUCAGAGUCCUAACAGAGCAGACAACAGCAGCAGCAGUUUAACACUCUCAACCUCCACCAGCAGCCCGAGAGCUGCGUCUGCUGUGCUGCUGCCUGGACUCGAGAACCUGCAGGCUUUGACGUCCUCCGGUGGUCCUCUGGCACUCGACAGCCCUCAGGUCCUGGAUUCUCCCCUCCUGCCACCUCUGGCUUCUCCGACGAGGGCCCGCUCCCCCGACGUCAUCUCCUCGGCCUCCACGGCCAUGUCCCAGGACAUGCCGGAGAUCGCGUCCCAGACCCUGCAGCUCCAGCGAAGCCUGGUGCCCAGCUUGGAUCCUUUACCUCUUUCUGCCCUGCAGACAGACAGCAUGGCCUCGGCCGCCUCUGCUCUGCACCUGCUGACCUCGCCACGUACGGCCAACAACAACAGCCUGUUGCCCCUUGAACUGGGAGGUGCAGACGGACCCGUCGGUGGUUCGGUGGAGUCCGAGCCCAGACUCAGCCACACUCCGUCUCUGCUGGAGAACGCUUUAUCGCAGGAAAACCCGGGCGCAGGAGGAGGCUCCUCGGACGGCAGCGUUAGCCACACGCCCUGGCCGGCUGCCCCGGACAUCACCAGGGAAACCAGGAACAGUCUCAGGGACAACGGUCUGGGAGACUGCUCAAGAGAGGAGCCGAAGGACAGGCACUUGAGCUCGCCUUACCACCGGCGCUCCUAUCACCUCACGCAGAACGACAGCCAGGAUGCCGGCGCCGAGCAGAGUGACCCUGACGACGAGGUGGCCAGUCUGGCGUCGUCCUCUGGAAACUGUGGCUCGCGCUCCUCUCACAGACUACCGGUUAAGGACUGGAAGACCUCACCGCGAGGCUCGCCAAAGCUCAAGAGGAAGAUGAAGAAGGAUGACAGUGAGUCGUCUCAGUCCAGACAAAUGGAUUCUGCUCAGUUUAAUGCAGAGGUGCAGGAUGAGUUGCUGAUGCUGCUGCGUAGCCAGCAGAGGGAGUUAACUGAGCUGCGUGGACAGAUUGAAACCAUGCAGAGCUCCAUUAUGGUCCAGGUAGAGCACGUGCUGACCAACCACCAGGAACAAGAGCGACGGAGACUAGAACGAGUUCUGGCGGAGAGUCAGAACCACCAGCAGCAGCUUCAGGAGCAGCUCAGCCAGCAGCUCAGUCACGCCCUCAGCUCGGCUCUGACCAACAGGAUGGACAAAGUGCUGCGAGAGGAGCUCAAGAAAACAGUCCCACAAACGAUCUCCAAGAGUCUGGAGCCGGUGACGGGUCAGCUGAGCAACACGAUCGCCGCCAAACUGACCGCCGUGGAGGUCACCCUGAAGGACAACGUGGGCAAGGUGGUCAAAUCCAAGAACACGACGGACGCGAUCGGCCGAGCGGCGGCCGAGGCGAUGCAGGGGCCGAUCCAAGCGGCCUACAAAGACGCCUUUCAGAGCAUCGUGCUGCCGGUUUUCGAAAGGGGCUGCCAGUCGAUGUUUCAGCAGAUCAACGACAGCUUCAAACAAGGAACGCAAGAAUACAUCCAGCAGCUGGAGACUCACAUGAAGAGCAGGAAGCAGAGAGAGCAGGAGACACGAGACCCGAUGAUCGGGCAGCUGCAGCAGAUGAUCGACAGCUUCCAGAGCUCCACCGAUCAGCUGGCCAACAACAUCACGGCCAACGUCCGGGCCGAAGUCCAGCACCAGAUCCAGAUGAUGGUGGCAAAUUUGCAGGAGUCUAUUCUGAGCCACGUGCAGCGGAUCGUCAAAGGGGAGGUGAGCCUGGCGAUGAAGGAGCAGCAGGCGGUGGUCACCUCCAGCAUCAUGCAGGCGAUGCGGUCGGCGGCCGGCACACCGGUCCCCACGGCGCACCUCGACUACCAAACGCAGCAGGCCAACAUCCUGCAGCUCCUGCAGCAGGGCCAGCUCAACCAGGCUUUCCAACAGGCCCUGUCCGCGACGGAUCUGAACCUGGUCUUGUACGUCUGUGAGACCAUCGACUCUCAGCAGGUGUUCGGUCAGACCCCCUGCCCUCUCAGCCAGCCCGUGCUGCUGUCGCUCAUCCAGCAGCUUUCUUCCAACCUCACGACCCGCUCUGAGCUCAAAAUCAGCUACCUGGAGGACGCACUAAUGAACCUGGACCACGGCGACCCGCUGACCAGAGACCACAUGUCCUCGGUGCUGGCCCAGGUCCGGCCCAAGCUCUUCACCUUCCUGCAGCAGGACCCCCACAGCCCGCUCAGCAAGAGGGCCCGGCGCCUCAUGAUGAUGCUGCAGGGACUCGUCAACCACUAGUUCUUUUUCCCCCUCGUAGACGUCGCCCGCCAUUUUCUCCACGAAUGUUUCAGAGGAGGAAGCGACGAGGACGGGGUUCGCUCCACUCAGAGCCUGUGACGAAACCCAAAACCCACCUUUCUCUGCCCCCGGUUCCCUCCUUCCUUCCCUGCACACAGUGAAGUGUCAAGUUAAGAAUAGACAGUUUUUGUUACUCUUGUUUGUUUUGUUUUUUUUCUCUCCCCCACUUCCCUGCAAGACAAUAAGGUCUGGACAGAAAGAUUGUUGUUGAUUUCUGUUCGAGAGACUCUUGAGUUGGCUGUAGAUACCUUCCGGACCUCGCUGCUGUUUUUGCCCCCGAGAGAAACAACAAAUCUGCCCCUUCACGGUGAAAACCCGACACUCCUUCGAUGUCACUUCAUCCAAAUGUGCAUAAGACUCAAAGAAUGUUCAGCCGAGCGGUCCGCGAGUAUCCUUUUCUGUUCCGCUGUGUUCCUCCGUCGGACGUGUUUUCGAGGAUCCGGGAUCUACUUCUGAGCAACUCGAGGAACAUGUUUCGCCUCAAAAGCGCCGCCUUGUAUUUUGGCCUUAAGAGCAAACAGCAGGCUUUGUUUUUUUUUUUUGUUGUUCUUCUUCUUCAACACAGACCAGCAGCAUCCUUUUUGCUAACCUGGAGUUCUGUUGUCGCAGGAUUAUGCUGCUCUCAGUUCAGUUUUUGUUUGAAAGCUUAAUCCGGGCAACCAAAAGUUUGUAACACCCAAAGCUGCGUUGUGUUUCGCUUGUUUCCUAAUACUUUGGACACCUUUUUAAAAAUAAUAAUAAUAAUAAAAAAAACAACACUAUUAAUAGUUUCUUCAUAUGCAUAUCUAGUUUCUUCAGCCGGCCUUGAGGGUUUCUGAAGGAUUAAAUAAGAUUUAAGUGAAAUAAAUAACCUUUUUGAUGUUUGGCUGGAAAAGAAUGGAAAACCCGAGAUGCUUGGAGCUCCACGUCGAAGCCGUCCAUGUGUACAGCUCUGACCCCACCUCCCUCCUCGUCUUGUUUUUCUUCAGCCCCCCCUCCUCCUCCCCUCUUUUUUUAUAUCAACAUUUAGCAUUUGUAAGCCAUGUAUACUUGCUUUAAGAGUUUGUUCGAAGGAGCUUGAUAAUAAAAACUACACCUGAUUGUUACUGAUGCUGUUAUUUUUAACCGGGAUAUUCCAAAUGACAUCUGUGAAAGCUCAGCGUGCAGUCGCUCCUCUUGGGCUCCAGGAGGCGCCACUCGGUCGGGCUGCGGACGCUCCGGCCUCGCUUUAGGAUUCACAAGUCAUUCCUGCUCCCGCACUGAGACUGUCGGCUGUGAACGCACCGUUUGUCGGUCUUCAGAGUGAACGACUGCAAACGCUCACUCACACGUCUGGGUUUGACUACAGGGUGGCCGCGUUGUUUUUGUUUUUCGCUGAUUGUAAAAUAAAAGUUCUGUUAAUUCGACCCGUGUGUUUAGAAUGAUCUUGUCUAGCAAGUGCCUUACUGUAUUUUAUCUGUCCCCCCACCACCACCACCACCACCACCACCACCGGUUAACUUUUUCCAAGCAUUUAAAAAUCUGUGGCGAGGCUCAAACGGAACCUGUUGUCAAACGUUUCGACGGUGGAUUCGGACGGACAUCUCACAUUUUGACUACUACCAGUUGCGGACUGGGGUUUGCUGCUUCGUACUGGGAGCUCUGGAGCUGAAGCUGGACGUUCUUCUUCGUUUUUGUUUUUUUUUUUUCCUCCUCUCUUUUCCAUUGUGUUCAUUUCCCCUUCAGCUUGGAUGGUUUCUGUUGUAUCUUUUACAGUUUCUUUUACCCUAAACAUUUUGGAAUAAAAAGAAAACUUGUUCAACUGA